AUGUCUCAGUCUCCCAAGGAAAGUGCGCAGCCUUUUACUUCCCGUUGCUCCACCGCCACAACUUCGGAGCAGGCCCCUCAAGAUGUCGCGGACAAUCAAUCUGGAACAAUUACACAGGAAGUGCCCAUGAUACUACCAGACUUGGACAUCACGGAUGAGGCGUACGCCGAAAGCACAAGCACCAGUUAUGUCACUUCAAUCGCUUCCGAAAUAUCCAGAGGGAUUCUGGAGAAUGAACGGUUGUAUCCACAAUACGGUCAACACAGCUAUGGGAUGCCAGUUGACGAAGCAGAAAUGGACCGUAUGGAUCUUCAACACCGCAAAUAUGAAAUGCUCAUCGGCGACAAGCACUUCCUUGCUCCCAUCGGCAAUCAACCGCAACGAAUUCUCGAUCUUGCCACGGGCACUGGAAUCUGGGCGCUUGACGUGGCCGACUUAUAUCCAUCUGCACAGGUCCUUGGAGUUGAUAUUGCACCGAUCCAGCCAAAAUGGGUGGCGCCAAAUUGUUCAUUUGAGAUUGAUGACAUUGAAGACACCUGGACCUACCGAAAAGACAGUUUUGAUUUUAUUCAUUUACGCGACCCGUUGUAUGUGGUUCGAGACUGGCCAAAACUGAUGCGACAGGCAUUUGAACACACACGACCAGGUGGAUGGUGUGAGUUGGCCUCGGUGUAUCCAGCUGCCAUGUGUGAUGACGGAUCAAUGCCCGACCACUCAAUGUUCAAGUACAUCUGCGACAAAUUCAUCGAAGCAUCUUAUGGAUUACAAGCACCUUUGGAUUGUUGUCUUCGAUUUGCCGAAUAUCUACGCAAUGCAGGAUACGUCGACGUUGUCGAACACAUAUUCAAGAUCCCAACAUCACCGUGGCCGAAGGAUAAACGUAUGAAGAAGAUUGGAGCGUUGGAGAUGACAAACUUGGUCGCGGGAGCCACGGCUUUUGGACUGCGUGUCUUCUCACACAGCUUCGGUUGGACCCGGGAAGAAACAGAACUGGCAAUGGUGGACUUUCGACGAGAUGUCAAGAAUCGGAAUUGGCAUCAAUAUGUUCGAUAG